AUGACGAUUGUUUCUGGUUAUUCGACGAUGAUAGAGCACAGUGUCAAUGCGAUACUAAGCUUUGCAAAUCGUGAAAACCUCCCUCUUCUAUACCCUGGUCCGGUGUUCUCUGUGUUGGGGAAUAUGUUUGGUGCUGGGGAUUAUGAUGUGAUUAUGUGUGUUUUGAAAGAGAUGAAAGCUAUAGUUGUGAAGCCUAAUGUGGUUGUGUAUUGUAUAAUAAUUUGCUGGAACUUGGAAGCUAUGGGAAGAGCUGGGAAACGGGGUUUAGGUAAGAGUUUGCUUCAUGAGAUGGUUGAGUCGGGUUUAACUCCUAAUGAGAAGACAUUGACCGCUCCACGGAAGGUUUAUGGAAAAGCAAUGUAGGCUAAAGAUGCGCUUUAGUUGUGAGAAGAUUUCAUUUUGUAUAACACAUUGUUAAAUAUAUGUGUUGAUAUUGGUGUGGAGGAAAAAGUAUAAAAGUUGUUUGAUGAUAUAAAGAAGUCGGGGCAGUGUAAACAUGAUAAUUACACAGCAAUGUUAAAUAUAAACGGGAGUGGUGGAAAUGUAGAAAAUGAGAUGUAAUUGUUUGAAGAGAUGUUAGAAGUCGGGGUUCAAGUUAAUCUGAUAAGAUGUACUUGUUUAGUUCAAUGCUUAGGAAAAACUAAAAGGAUAGAUGAUUUGAUUAAUGUGUCCAUUCAAAGAAGAAUUAACCUUGAUGAUAGGCUUUGUGAGUGUCUUAUUUAGGUCCAGUUGUUUUGUUAGAGUAAUGAAGAUGCUGAAAAAGUUAUGACUUGUUUAGUGCGAACUAAUUGA